AUGGCCCACAACUUUCCUCUCGAGGUCGAUCCGUCACUGCUCGAGAACGAUGACUCGGACUAUUCCAGCUGCGGCUACGACACGAGCACGGCCAGCCUGACCUCGUCGAUUAACAAAUACGUCUUCGAGAACGGGCGGCGAUACCACACCUAUUUCGGCGAGGACAAGAACCUGAUGCCUACUGACGAGGCACGUGCAGAACAAGACCGCCUCGACAUGUACCACGAGAUAACGCGCCUGAUCCUCGAGGGCGCCAUCCACAAAGCGCCGAUCUCGAAUCCGCAGCGGAUACUCGACGUGGGCACUGGCACUGGGAUCUGGGCGAUCGACAUGGCAGACAGGUUUCCCGAGGCCCAGGUCAUAGGUACCGACCUCUCGCCGAUACAGCCGCGCUGGAUGCCGCCGAACUGUAAGUUCGAGGUUGACGAUGUAGAGCUGGAGUGGACGUAUCCGCCGGACAACUUCGACUUCAUCCACGCGCGCAACCUCGCACAGGCAAUCAACAACUGGCCGAAGCUAUACCGGGAGAUGUACCGGUGCACCGCACCGGGGGGCUGGGUGGAGCUGGGGGAGCUCGGCGGCGAGAUAUUUUCCGACGACAACACGCUGGCACCCGACAACGCCGUGAAGCGCUGCUUCGAGCUGACCACGCAAGCGAUGGAGAAGCUGGGACGGCCGGCCGCCAAAGGCCCCGCCAUGAAGGCUGGCCUCGAGGCUGCGGGCUUCGUCGAUGUCGAGGUCAUCACGUAUAAAAACGCUAUGGCACCCUGGCCAAAGGAUCCCAGGCUGAAACAUGCUGGCGCGAUGGUUAUGUUGCAGUGUGAAACUGGCUUCCAUGCGUACAGCAUGGCCGCGUUCACGAGAGUCCUCGGCAUGGACGGAGAGGAGGCGGACCGCCAGUGCCGCGAGGGGAUGAAGUCGGUUCGCAACAAGAACAUUCACGCUUACUGCCACUACUACGUGGUCUACGGACGGAAGCCGUCAACAGCGCGCCACUGA